AUGUCGUGGAUCAUAAGAGCCCAGCAAGAGGGGGAUAGGUCCGCUCCACCCACGGAGUCGGCGAUCAAGGAGGACGUACGCACCCUGAUUUCAGCCGGUAGUGAUACGGUCGCUAUCGCCUUUAUCUUCCUAUACUUUAUGGUCAAAUACUCGAGGAUCUACCGCAAGCUGCAACGACUACUCAAGCGAGUCUCCUACAUUGACCAGCUGAUCCACGAAACGUUACGGUUGCGCCCGCCGGUGCCCAUGGGAUUUCCGCGUGAGACUUCCGCCAGAGGGUUUACAGGUUGA